AUGAACGAGAAACAAGGCUCAGACCACGUCGAAACUGGCUCGUCCAUCAUCCACACCGAACCCGAAGGCAAAGAAAAUGUGCCCGUGGGACACAUGCCGGUGACCAACGAAGAAAGGGUUUUGAAUAGAGCUUUAAAUCGGAAGCUCGAUAUUGCGCUUUUGCCUUUCUUGUCACUAUUGUACCUCUUCAAUGGCCUGGACAGAGGCAACGUGGGAAAUGCCGAAACACAAGGCUUUACCAAAGAUAUCGGGGCUCACUCAGAUGAUCUCAAUUUGGCUGUGAGCUUGUUCUUCAUCACCUUUGUGCUGUUUCAGCCUCCAUCUGCAGCAGUUGGCAGGUGGAUGGGAGCCAAGCAUUGGAUUCCAAUCAUUAUGUUCUGCUGGGGGGUUUUGACAAUUGCCCAAGCGUUUAUCAAAGGCAGAGGUGCACUGAUUGCCACUCGACUCCUUAUCGGUGCUUUCGAGGCUGGCUUCUAUCCCACUGCAGUUGCGUACCUCUCCAACUUCUACACGAGAUUCGAUCUUGCGGUUCGGAUAGGCCUGUUCUACGGUCAAUAUGCUGUCGCCGGAGCCUUCUCUGGUUCAAUUGCAUAUGGAAUUUUCCACAUCAAAACGGGAAGCCUCGAAAAUUGGCAGUAUCUAUUCAUUAUCGAAGGCGCCGCCACUUGUCUGAUUGCCUUGAUCGCGUGGUUCUGGCUGCCCCUUGGCCCCGGUAGUGCAUGGUUUUUGAAAGAAAAAGAUCGUGUCUAUGCAGCAGAGCGGAUGCGAUUGGACAACGUGAUGUACGUUCAACAUUCGUAUGGCGAAAGCGGAUUGGAGAAGGACAGGCUGACAAAAAGGGAUGUGAUUGAGACCGCAAAAGAUUGGAAGCUGUGGUAUGUAUUACUCUUCAACAUUCUCGCCAGUGUUCCGGGUCAAGCCUUUUCUGUCUUUCUACCACUGGUUGUCGCUGGGCUGGGGUACUCAUCGAUUGAUGCCAAUUUGAUGUCUGUGCCUCCAUAUGUGUGUGGUGCAUUCGGCCUGUAUCUUUUCGCGCUCAGCUCGGACAGAAGGAGAGAACGAGGCUGCCACAUUAUCCUUGGUCUUCUAAUUGCUCUAGUCGGACUCAUCAUCACUGUCACUGUCGAUGGCCACGGAGGAAAAUAUGCCGGUCUUUGUAUUCUACUGUUUGGAAGUUAUGUCUCGGCACCACUGACCGUCGCUUGGCUGAGUGGCAAUACACCUGAACCUGGCAAGAGAGCUCUCGUACUUGGGGUGAACGGCUUUGGCAAUCUCUCUGGAGUCAUCGGCUCACAACUCUUUCGCAAAUCUUAUGCCCCAGAAUAUUUGAUUCCAUUCUAUGUAACACUCGCUUUCAUCGCUGUCGCACUGGCAGGAUAUCUGGCAUAUCGCUUCACAUUAGCGGCCGUCAACAAGGCACGACAAGCCAAACUGGCAAGGAUGACACCGGAGGAAAUUGAAAACGAGAGAACAACAUCAUUGAGAUAUGCAGACCGGAAAUAUACUUUUAUAUACGGCUUAUGA